AUGGAGCUUCCCGGUGGUUGUUCUCUUCACUGGCAGACGCAGGGGCGGGGAGCCCUCGCUCGUCCGGCAACGGCGGCGGCGUCUCCGUCGGCCGCCGCUGCAUCGCAGAGAAGUGGAAGGAAUCGGCGCCUGUUCUUCCCAAGGUCGCUGGGGGAGGGAGAGGGGCGUGCCCUGUGGAGGGAGUCGGGCAAGGAACUGUCGAAGAUCCUGAGAGAGGAGGCGGCGAUCGGCGGCGUGGAGAGGAAGGCAAUAAGCUCCACAUCCACGCACCGCCUCUGGCCCAAGGCCGUGCUCGGAGCCUUGGACGACGCCGUCUCGAACAACCAGUGGGAGUCCGCGCUCCAGGCGAGCCCCCCGCCGCUCCUCCCUGUGUUCCUCGUUUCUUCGAUUGAAUUUUUUUUAUCGCCUGUGGUUUUCGAUUCUUCACCAGAGAAAAGAUCUAAAUCAGCCGACCAAUCCAUCAAUGCAUCUGCAUAAUCAUCGCCAGCACGCCAGAUUCGUUUAACCCUCUGAAUCCCUUCGAUGACAAUCAUUCCGUUGCGAAUUUUAACCUAGAAUGUAUUUCUGUGCUUGAACUGUUCCGACCAGAUCUUCGGCCUGCUACGGAAGCAGAAGUGGUACAAUCCGAAAGGGCGUACGUUCGCUAGGUUGAUGAUGAUGCUCGGAAGAUGCGGCCAACCGAGGCACGCCGGCUCCCUCUUCCAGAUCAUGCUUUCCGAAGGCCUCAGACCAACUCCAGAUGUCUACACCGCACUGGUCGGCGCCUACGGCCGCAACGCCUUCUGGGAGGAGGCCCUCGCCCUCAUCGACGAGAUGAAAUCCCUCCCGACCUGCCAUCCCGACGUCUACACCUACACGAUCUUCAUCGACUGCCUCUGCAAGCAGCGACGCUUCGAUCUGAUCCCUCGAGCUCUCGCCGAAAUGAAACAGCUCGGCAUCAGCCCCAAUGUCGUCACUCACAACAUCAUAAUCGAUGGAUACGGGAAGGCGAAGAUGCUGGAGGAGAUGGAGAGCUCUCUCUCUGAGAUGAUCGCCUGCGAGGGAUGCCUGCCGGAUGAAUGCACUCUGAACUCCAUCCUCUGGGCCUAUGGAGACUGCGGACUGAUUCAGGAGAUGGAGCGGAGCUUCGAUGAGUUCCAGCAUAUGGGCGUCGAGCCAGACGUGACGACAUUCAACAUACUGAUCAGAUCGUAUGGCAGGGCGGGGUUGCAGGCGAAGAUGUGCCUCGUCAUGGAUUUCAUGAAGAAGCGGUUCUUCUCCCCGACCACCGUCACCUUCAACUCCAUGAUCGAUAGCUUUGGCAGAGCAGGGAACAUCGAGAAGAUGGAGGAGACUUUCAGGCUGAUGAAGUUCCAGGGGGUGAAGCCGAACUCGGUCACCUACUGUUCGAUCGUCAGCGGCUACAGCAGAGCCGGGCUUCUGGUGAGGAUCCCGCUGAUCUUGCGGCAGACAGAGAACUCUGACGUCGCCCUGGACACGCCCUUUUUCAACUGCGUCAUAAAUGCUUACGGUGAAGCUGGGGAGGUGGAAAUCAUGGAGGAAAUGUUCUUAUUCAUGAGGGAGAAGCACUGCAAACCAGACAGCGUCACGCUGGCCACCAUGAUUCAGGCCUACAGGGGAGCAGGGAUGCUCCAGGUUGCUGAAAACCUGGACACCAGAUUGCUUGAACUGGAUAAGCAGUUCAGACAAGGAGCCUGUCUGAAGAGAGGUAUGCUGGAGUAA